CACACUUAAUUACCUCCGUCCCACAAUGGCAGUGGAGAAGACACUGGCUUCCGACAUGCCUCGCUUCACAACCAAGCGUGUUUAGCAGAUAAUAUUUCGAAUUGGACAUUUUUCUAAAUAAAGAGGUCAAACAAUUGGUUUUCAACAAUGAGGCCUCCGGUGGAAGUCAGCGUGUUGAUCCUUUCUCUUUCGGCUCCUGGAGUUUUCAUCACCAUGAACAAUAUCCCUGCGCUUCAGGAACCUCUUCCUAUCCUGGGAAUGGGAAUGGUCGUCCUGGGACUUGUUCUUCUUCUCCUUCUCCUCACUGUGCGAAACCUGAAGAAAGUGGACCCCUUAUUCUACGUGUUUGCAGGGUUUUCCUUCACCUGCAUGGUGUUCCUGACCAAUGCUUUAGAGCAGGAUGGGUUCAUCUCUGGCUUCAUGGCCUUCUACCUAAAGAUGGGUGAGCCUCAUCUAAGAACCGCCUAUGCCGUGAUGACGUCUUACUGGGAAGGUGUCGUUCACUUGCUCCUCUUCCUCACCAUCAUCCACCGCAUGUUCAGAGGGAAGUCCUAUCGUAGCCUGGGGCUGCUGUGGGCCGGCUCCUCCAUCGGCCAUCACAUUGUACACAUCCCGGGAGUGGUUAUUGGUAAAUACGGGUCUAACAUUCAACCAGCCUUUUGGAGGAAUGUCCCCUUCUUCUUGGUGCCUUUCUGGGCGGCCUCGCUGCUAUUUAGCCGACCCAGAGAGAUGCCAGUCGUGACAGCAGACAAGAUUAUAGCAGAGCAGAAGAAAGGAUUGCUGUCUCGACCUGUUGACCUGCUUCUGUCUCUUCUGUUACUUGGAGCGAUGGCCUUCUCUGUUUUCAGAGGCUUUGUGGUGCUGGACUGUCCUCUCGACGCCUGCUUCACCUACGUCUACCAGUACGAGCCCUACCUUAAAGACCUUGGCUUUCCAAGAGUCAUGAUGCUGGUGUAUCUUUUCUAUGCUCUUCCCCUGCUGACUGUCUUCAUCUAUGGUCUGAAAACACCUGGAUGCAGCUGGAUGUUGGACUGGACCAUCUUCUUAGCCGGGGCCAUGGCUCAGACCCAGUGGUGCCAUAUCGGAGCAUCUCUGCACUCCCGCACUCCCUUCACGUACCGGGUCCCAGCAGACAAAUGGUGGCCUGUUAUCACCCUCAAUGUGCUGCUGGCUGCUGUGCCGGCUCUGCUGGCCCUGCGCUGCCACAACAACCCCACUUAUUUCCUGAAACCUGUUCCCGAGGGACAGACCAUCAACGAAAAGAAGAAAAACUAGACUAGACCGCACACCAGCCACGGACUGUUGAGGAAUACUUCACGCUGUGCUGAGUCUAACGUUUUCUGAGGACUUUCUUUGGC